UUUUGUGUAGUGACAUGCUUUAUUUUGGAAACAAUUUGGUGGCUAAGCAGAAAGAUUUCAGGACAAUGGCAUCAGGUUACAUAUCUACAAACAUUGUACAAAUUUGGUGCCAAAUAAUGAGUGUGCUAGACAUGAGAAGAUCAAUCGACCAACCGAAAAGGGUUUUCUUCUCUGAAGUUGUUUUUAUGACAUUAGAAAAAGCAACAAAUUUGCAGAAGAGUAAAAGUGUUGCCUCAAGGGCCAUUUUCAAUAAUUUAUGCCGAGCUCUUGAUCACCAACUGGAAUCAAUUUCUCUUGAUAUAAGUGAUGCCAGCCUUGUCUUCUUCAGUAUCCUCCGACACCAACAUUUCUACUUGAUGUGCUUUAAUUUCAUGACAUCAAGACUUCAAGUAAUUGACAACAGGCCUACUCCUGAAAGAAUUAAAGCUAAAAACAAGUAUGAGGAAUGUCCAGAGAAACUAUUGGUUGCCUUCACUAAGUACCUCACCCUAAAGAAGAAUCCACUUGCAAAGAAGAUGAAAUCUAUGAAAGUGGAAUACAUGAAGAUGCCUUGGCAAAAUGAAGAAAAUGCAGUAGAUUUCCAUGAGGCAUAUGCAGACUUAUACAGGCACGUCAAUAGCAGACUUUAUACAUUCCUCACAUCACUAAGAGCUAAAUAUGCAGCGACCAUACUCAUGUCACCAAUGAAUACCUUGCUACCAAAAGUAACCAAGGCAACCAAGGAAAUCUACAAACAAUCAAAAUGA